AUGGCUCCUCAGGACAAAGGCCGGAGGUCAAGCGGCAAGAUCACCAUGCUGGUGACUCUGCAAGUCAACCCAGACAAGCUCCGCAAGAUUGUUGACCCGUCAACUGCCAACGCCGAAGCAUCCAUCAAGGAGUCGCCGGCUCCGGAAGUUGGCACCCCGGCUGAGAUUCCCACUGCGGCCUCCAGUGGAGAGAACGCUUCCGACUCGACGCCAGGCACGCCUUCGUCGCAAGCCGUCAUGGGGCCCCCUUCCGACACUCUCAAGAAGAAAGGCGUCAAGAGGAGCGCGGCUGGCGCCAACGGCAAUGAGGUCGUCGCCAAAGUCCGUGGCAAGCCUGGCCCCAAGAAGAAGCUGAAGUUGGACGACGGAGAGACCGCCCGUGCUAGUGCAUAUCACAAGCUCGGACCCAAGGCCAACCAAGGUGCCAUCAAUGCCGGCCUGCGUGCACUCGAUCGGUCAGGCACCCCGUGCAGAAAGUGGCAGAAGGGCGGUUUCACGCUGAAGAGCUUUACUGGCGUUGUCUGGGGCAUUCCACGCUGGACUGCACCUCCCAAGGCCAAGGCUGACGCGGAUAGUUCAGAAGGUGCUGGCGGCUCUGCUGAGAGCAGCAACAAGGAGAACAAGGACGGUAGCCAAGCCAAGAGCGAGAAGAGUGCGAGCAACGCUGGUGGUGAUAACCAGCAAGACGUCAGCAAGCCGCCCAGCGUUCGCAUCAGCUCACCGGCGCCUGCCGCUGCUACACCCAUCGCUGCUGCUUCGUAG